AUGGCGGGCGAUGACAAACAUCAUGUAUCUGAGAAGAUCGAAUCUUCUCUCCCCACCAAAAUCUCCUACUUCCGUCUCGUCUCCGACCAGGGUGUUGUCACCCAGCAGAUUAUGGACCACCCGUACCCGGGUUCAGGCACAGAAGAUGACCCAUAUGCCGUGACAUGGAUUCCCGAAGACCCUCGCAACCCCAUGAAUUUCAGCGAGUUCAGGAAAUGGUUCUUGACUGCGGUUGUCGCUAUUGCCACCUUGGCUGUUGCAUUGGUUUCCUCCGCCUAUACUGGCGGUGUUGCGGAGAUCGAAGCGGAAUUUGGCAUCGGUAGUGAAGUUGCGACUCUCGGUGUCUCACUCUUCGUUCUGGGCUUUGCUGUCGGUCCUUUGCUCUGGGCUCCCCUCUCCGAACUGUUCGGUCGUCAAAUCCUUUUUGUUACCACAUAUGCUGCCCUGACCGCAUUUAACGCUGGCUGUGCCGGUUCUAAGAACGCCUGGACCCUAAUCAUUCUUCGCUUUUUCGCCGGUGCCUUUGGAUCCUCCCCUCUGACCAAUGCUGGUGGUGUCAUUGCCGAUAUGUUCCAGGCCAAGCAGAGAGGUGUCGCUAUGAGUUUCUUCGCCUCUGCGCCUUUCCUGGGACCUGUACUGGGCCCUAUCAUCGGUGGAUUCCUGGGUAUGAAUGCUGGCUGGAGAUGGGUGAUGGGAUUCCUCGCUGCUUUCUCUGGUGCUGUCUGGAUUAUGGGCAGUGUGCUGGUUCCUGAGACCUAUGCGCCUGUCCUGCUUCGCCAACGCGCCGCGAAGUUGUCAAAGAUCACUGGCAAGGUUUACCUGAGCAAGAUUGAUAUCGACCAGGGCAAGGUCUCUCUUAAGGACUCUUUCAAGAUUGCCUUGUCCCGCCCUUGGGUUCUUCUGUUCCGCGAGCCUAUUGUGUUCCUCCUGUCGCUGUACAUGGCAAUCAUCUAUGGAACCCUCUAUAUGAUGUUUGCUGCGUUCCCGAUCGUUUUCCAACUUGGUCGUGGCUGGAACCAAGGUGUUGGUGGUCUGGCCUUCCUUGGUAUUAUGGUUGGUAUGAUCUUGGCCGUGGCUUAUAACCUAUGGGACAACAAACGCUAUAUCAAGACCCAAGACAACCAUAAUGGCUUCGCACCCCCCGAAGCCCGAUUGCCGCCUAUCAUGAUCGCCUCUGUCGCUGUCCCAAUCGGCCUGUUCUGGUUCGCUUGGACAAACUAUCCCUCCAUCCACUUCAUGGUCAGCAUCGCAGCCGGCGUCCCCUUCGGCUUCGGUAUGGUCCUGGUCUUCCUGGGUAUCAUGAACUACCUGAUUGACGCCUACACGAUCUUCGCCGCCUCCGUCCUAGCAGCCAACAGCAUCAUCCGUUCCUUAUUCGGUGCCGCAUUCCCCCUCUUCACCUCCUACAUGUACACCAACCUGGGAAUCCACUGGGCCUCCUCGAUCCCGGCCUUCUUGGCCCUCGCCUGUGUGCCCUUCCCCUUCCUAUUCUACAAGUACGGCGCUGCCAUCCGCAAGCGCUGCAAGUUCGCUGCCCAAUCGGACGCCUUCAUGCGCAAGAUCCAGGAACAAGCCACAGCUGUCCCUGUCGAAGAAGAAGAGGAGACCAAGUUCGAUCGCACCGAAGCCCCCGGCCCACUCGAGUCCCUCUCUAGCGACUCGUCUUCCCACCUCGACGAGCAGCUUCCUUCUACCCAGCGCACUCGCAGCCGCGCUCACUCCAUGGCAUCGACUCACACUGUGGGCUCGCUGCAUCGCGUGCCGACUUAUGAAGGAAACCCUUAUGAUGUUGACCGUGUCAAUACUCGGGAGUCCUUCAAGCAAUAA